AUGGCUUCCUUCCUUCGUUGGUAUGGCGUGAAGCUUGCUCAGCGCCCUAUGCUCACUCAGAGCAUCACCACUGCCGUGCUCUUUGCGACCGGUGACACUAUGGCCCAGCAGGGUGUCGAGCAAGUUGGCUUGAAGAACCACGAUCUUGCACGUACUGGACGCAUGGCACUCUACGGCGGAGCUGUCUUCGGUCCUCUCGCUACCACCUGGUUCGGCUUCUUGCAGCGUCGCGUUCGCAUUCCCAGCUCUCCCAACAUGGAGAUCCUUGCUCGUGUUGGUCUUGAUCAGACUGUCCUGGCUCCUACCAACUUGUUCGUCUUCCUCUCGUCCAUGGCCAUCAUGGAGGGCUCGGACCCUUCGAAGAAGAUCGAGACCACAUACUGGAAUGCUCUCUCCAAGAACUGGAUGCUCUGGCCAUUCGUUCAGGCCGUGAACUUCAAGUUUGUCCCUCUUCAACACAGAGUCUUGGUUGUCAACGUUGUCUCGUUGGGCUGGAACUGCUACCUCUCCUACCUCAACUCUACCGGCUCUCCCAUCCCCAAGGAUCUCCCUCCUUCAUAG